GACCGUGGGGUUUUUUUGUUGAUUUUUCUGGAAGAAAGGGUUCAAAAUAGGCUCUUUAUUCUGGCAAACCCAGAAUAAUUCCUCAUUGAACACGGUCUCAUGAAUAUGGAGAAUAAUAUAGAAAAGAGUACAACUAGAAAUAAGUGCAGGAAAUGGGCCGAAAAGGCCAAAACUGUUUUAGAGCAAAAUUGUGGAAAAGCUCUUGACCACAAUGAAAUUCUCCUGACUAUUCAGCAUGAUGAAGAAAUCGGUGAUACUAUUCCAUUGGAAUUCCUAGAUGCUCUCCUUCAUAUCAAUUCCAAGGGAGCAGAUUGUGCAUUCUAUAAAGUCUUGGGAAGACGAGGAGCUUAUGGGCUGAUGAGUUCUGUCCCAGAAGGUGGGAUCAUCAGUGAAAUGGAAGAUGACUGUAAUGUAGAUACCACAAUUGACGCCGAAGAAGAACUUGUAGAUUUACAGGAUCGACCAGCCAGGGAUAGGAAAAAUGAAAAGGUUGUGUUUGUCAAGUUGACGGACGAUGUUCCCCAAUCCUCAGCUGCUGAUCUACCCCAAGAAGAAGUGAAAGCGCCUUGUUUAGAGACGAUUCCUCAGCUUCCUGCUUCAUCUAUCGCACAGAAUAAGCCUUCCAGAACAAGCAAACGCAGUCGUAAGCAUUGUAUAUGGCAACAGAAACGUAGAAAGAAGACUAAAGUUGUGCCUAAGAUUACCAUCAAGCCUUUACCUCCACCGAAAGAAAGUAAACAAGAUCCAAGUUACAGUAUGAUGACUUCAGUCAAUGUGCCAGAGACAAGACAGCGCCCCUGUUUACGAACUAGCACAAUGUCAUGUAGCCAGAAGCCAACACUUAAAGAAUUAUUGUCGUCAAUUCCUGGCUUUAGUUGGAAACCUCGCAAGAGAACUCACAAGAAACUCAGCACUGCUGCACAAAUUGCUCAAACCAAAGAAGGAUGCAUUGAUUUGGAAACUCCUGAUUCUAUACUGGUGAAUACUAACCUCAGGGCCUUGCUCAACAAGCAUAACUUUGUUGAACUACCUGUAUCAUAUCAGUACAGCCUAAUCCAGCUACUUCCAGACUGUGAUAAAAUAGUCAGUGCUGAUGCAAGUCUGAGGUUGUCGCCUUCAGCUUUAAAUAAUGAAUUCUUCACCAAAGCCUGCAAUGAAUGGAAACAAAGACUGGCUGAUGGUGAAUUCACUCCCGAGAAUCAGAUCAGAAUAAAGCAAGAGGAGGAGAAAGAACAUGCUCGACUUGACCCGUGGAAGGUGAAACACUUUGAGCCAGUAUGGGGUCAAAAAACUCUUACAGUGGAUCCUGUCCCAGUGCCGAGAUCGCCAGUGCUAUCAUCAAUGCUACCAUCCACGCCACCCAAGACUACCUCGCAGAUAUAUUCUCCUCAGAGGAACCUCGUAUCGACACUCAUCAAACAAAAAACACUAGCACAGAACGUAGCGUCAAGUAUAAGUCAGUCAUCGUCAACUAUUAGUUCAAAAAGUGAAACACAGACUUCAGGAUUAUCGAACAUUGCUUCAUCCAAUUCGCUUGCUAAUCCGAUAAAAACCGAACCGAGACCGGUGAUGAAGAAUACACUGCUUUUAGAAUCAUUAAAACGGCCGAUGGACUUGAACACGGAUUCUUAUAUUCCUUCAAAACGUUUGAAGUCGGCUCCUCAGAAGUUUGUGCAGAAGGUACAGGGGCAGGUAAAGUUCCACCGAGCCAAGACUCUCGCCCAGAUCAAAGCACAAACAGCAGAACGUAAGGCACAGACGGCUGCUGCACAAGCACGCACGGGACAAACUCGAACUCUUGCUCAAAUCAAAGCACAGACUAAAGCUAAGUUAUUAGCUCGUGCUUCAGCCGGAAGUGGAGAAGAUAAACAGCGCCAUCUGCCAAAUAUUAUUCAGCCAAAUCGAAACAAAACUGAAAUCAACUUGCAACGUUCGUAUCAAAUCUGUCAGGCUGUGAUUGAGAAGAGUAUCAGCUCUGGUAACAUGGUCUCCAUCCUGAAUAAGACCACACCGACGUCUGACAGUGGUGGCAUGGCUGCGCCUGCUGGUGUUCAAACUGAAGGAGUAGCAAAGACGUCAGUGGCCACUGUUACAUCUUGUUCACCCCCGAGUCCGUUUGUACAGCCAGCUUCGCCAUCAUCAAUCAUACAGAUCAGGUCUCUGACGUCUCCACCUUCUCCUGCUGUGUCACCAAGGAGUCAUGUGCCUAUAUCACAGCAGAUACAAGUCGUACGAACUGUCCCCUCUCCAGUCACUUCAGUGCCAUCACGGCCACCAUCUGUCACUGCGCUCUCCGCUGCACCUUCUUUAUCUCAGUCUGUGAAUCUCCAGGCUAUUCAGACAUCUCGGCCAACUAUUCUAAGGAUCCGUUCUCCCAGUGCCACUUCCCUGGUCGCGAGUAGUGUUCCUGGAACCAUUGUUUCAAAGACUGCGCCUGUGUCACAGAUGGCGGUGGUUAAGACUGUCUACGUCACCCAGGGUGGAACAACAACUGCUAAAUCACAGGUCAUCAGCACAACACCUACCUCAGCGGCCUCACCUGUUGUACAGAUCAAGUCUGUAGCACCCAGCUCUCCAGCAAGACCACAACCAACAACCUCACCAGUCAUGAUAGCAAGACCAGCACCGCCUAGCUCUCCGGCAGGUCGGCCAACGCAACCAAGCUCACCUCUGGCAAGACCUGCACCAACCAUCUCUCCGGCAAUGCUUCGACAGAUACCCACUGCCCAGAUGAUUUUAGUUCCUGCGUCGUCCAUCAAGACUUCAACCUCGCAGACUGUUGGUAACAGUCCAAUGGUGAAUGUCUCCAGUGCGGUGGCCCAGAGCAUCCAGAGUCAACUAGCCAAUGCUGGCCUUCUUCCUUCAACCAGUAAACUUGUCUUGGUGACCACCUCUCCCUCAAGUAACAGUAACCUCUGUGCAUUAUUACAACCGGCCAAACAAACUACUGCCUCAACCAGUGCAUCUGAAAAUCUCUCCAAUCUCAUAAAAACUAUCAACACCUGCAACAUCAAUACUAACAAGAACAUUAAUACCGUAAAACCAAGUCAUUUUUUAUCAUGUACAAUCCUAAAGAAUAAUAAUCCAAAGUCAAGGACUAUGAUAAGUCCGCCACCUGGUGUUGGGCCGCCACGAUCAUCGAGUGUUCCUCCACAGACUAAUGGUGUUGGCCCACCACGAGCGGCCAGCGCACCACCGCCGGUUGAUGAUCAGAAAUCGGACAGUCUGCUUCGUUCAGUAAGUUUGAAUGGGAGUGCUUUUCCUUUGCCAGGAAUGAAUAAGGAGAAUGACAAAGUUGCUCUUGCUGGACCGUCGACAAUCAAAGCAGAACUCGCUACUUCCCUGGGCGUCACUGCAUCCCAACUUAUAAAGAUGGCUUCCAAGCCUUCGAUGCAGUUACCGCCGAGUAUACAGACUGUUCAGAUCCCUGCUACAGCAACAUUGAAGCUUCGGCAGGAUGGGACAGGUUACCAGGUGGUGAAAGCUAACCCGCUCUCAUUGGCGAGUGGCAUUGGUGUGAAACCCCACCUGGUACAGUCAGCCAGUAUCAUGGGUGCAGUGACCAUCCCAACAUCAACAGACUCUAGUAAUGGUAACUGUCCAUGUAGCCUCAGAGCUAUGGUGAUGUGUAAGAAGUGUGGAGCUUUCUGCCAUGACGACUGUAUUGGACCGUAUAUAUUGUGUGCUAAUUGUGUAUCUGCCACUUAGCAAUCAAAGAAGGCAAGAUUGAGGGCUUCUUUAAUGAUGACUCUUUCCAGUUUGGAAGAGACACUCGUAAAGCUUUUCGAAAAGUUGGAAUAUUUUCAAACCAAUGUUUUGCAAGCCCGAUGAACAGCCGUUACUUCCAAGCGUUCGACUCUGACUUGAUUAGUGUUGCAUAUGAGACUUCAGUGUUGCCCUGACCAGGUGUUGCAUAUGAGACUUCAGUGUUGCCCUGACCAGGUGUUGCAUAUGAGACUUCAGUGUUGCCCUGACCAGGUGUUGCAUAUGAGACUUCAGUGUUGCCCUGACCAGGUGUUGCAUAUGAGACUUCAGUGUUGCCCUGACCAGGUGUUGCAUAUGAGACUUCAGUGUUGCCCUGACCAGGUGUUGCAUAUGAGACUUCAGUGUUGCCCUGACCAGGUGUUGCAUAUGAGACUUCAGUGUUGCCCUGACCAGCUGCAGUUGCAUAUGAGACUUCAGUGUUGCCCUGACCAGGUGUUGCAUAUGAGACUUCAGUGUUGCCCUGACCAGGUGUUGCAUAUGAGACUUUAGUGUUGCCCUGACCAGGUGUUGCAUAUGAGACUUCAGUGUUGCCCUGACCAGGUGUUGCAUAUGAGACUUCAGUGUUGCCCUGACCAGCUGCAGUUGCUUGUCUUUCAAAUUUCCUUGAAGUGCCAAUGUUGGCCUCGUGGGAGAUGAUUGAGAAAUUUUGUAGCAAUGGAAUUCAUCAAGUGCUAUUUUGCCGAACAGAAUGUCUUAGUAAUAAGCAUGUGAUGUGCUUUUGGAGAAAGCCUGUCUAUGUUGUGACUAUCUGUUCCCAGGAUGGGGAUGGGCUCGAGGCUUGUACUUCAGAAGUGGUAUUGUUGAUAUGUUGCUGGCCACUCCAGUUCUGCAUUGUAUAUAGUGUAUAUAACUCUUAUGAUCCAUGGCAAUUCAUAUUCUACUGGUGCAUUGAUUGGAAAGCUUGGGGUCUGUACCAAGGCUAGUUCAUGCAAGAGAAUAAUGGAGGGGCAGUGGUUGACGUUCCUUGCGUUGGUCCUUGUUCUAUGAGCUAGCUUGGGUAGAGUGCCUACUUCCAUUCAAUAUAUAGUAGCUAUCCCUAAGAUAGAUCUGUGUGUUCAUGCAUUUAGCACAAAAGGUGUCCAGAUUCAUUGGGAAAAUUUUGAAGAUAUUUCAGCAGAUCAUGUGAUGUAUGUUGUGUCAGAGUUACAGUACACGGCAUUACUGUCCAGUUAUCAUGCAACUACCUAUUUUCAAUUAAUUAAAAACAUGUACAUAUUUCCCUAAUCGCUGUCAGUUUAUUUAGUGUGGUAUGCUUUAACAAAGUAUUUGAUGUAACUUUCAGUAUAACUAUUUGAAUUUUUCAGUUUGUAAAUAUGUCUCGGUGUAUUUGGUUUAAUGUAAAGAUGUGAUUAUUUCAAAAGAAUUUGUUAUUUAUUCUGAAAUAUCUCCAUCUAAGACAGGAGUUUGCAGUUCUGUCCUGUGGGAAAGUACACACUGGUGUUGGUAGGAUUUUGAAAAGCUUGAAUCAUGUUCUUGAUAUGUUCAUAUGGAUUUUUGAUGAACAAUCUCUGGGCUUACGAACCUACAUUUAUUCUGUAGCCUUACUCAAUUUUCUCAUGCAGACCAAUGAUAUGCUGUGUCGACAGGUUUAAGCUGGUCGAGAGGCGUAGUUUCCACAUUGGCAUCAUCACAGUGUGUUCAAGUAUGUGCCUUGUCUUGCAUAUGUACAUGUAGUCUUGAGUGUUGUGCAAUGUGACCCCAAGGCGUUACAUCACGGCACCUCUGUAAGAAUGGGUUGGUAUCUGAAUGAGUAUUGUAGUGAAGAUUACAAUCAAGUCUAUUGAAAAGAGGAGAACAUUUAAUGCCACCUGAGCAUGUGCUCUUGGUCUCCACUGCUCUCUAUGUAUUUUCAUUGUCUAAAAUGUGUGUCUUGUUUUCAGUGUUAUUAAAACAAUUGAGGAAAUGAUUGUUCUGCCCUAUUUGAGUCAAGGUUUCUGUUGCCCACAGAACAUUAAUUGGAACUUUUAUGAGUUGCUCCAUCAUGUUGAUGUGCCAGAUUACUAACUGUCCUGUUGCUCUUUUAGUUGGUAUUGUAACCAUGGUAACAUGCAAUUACUAUGAGAACUUGUAAAUAAAUAAUGUAAAACGAA